UUAUCCUCAUUUAUAUUCUAAACUUUGUUCUUUAUAUCAGUCCAGAAAAAUGGCCACUAUUGGUCCAAAUCUCAGCCACCAAACUGAUCACACAAACCAGGAUGAGCUUGCUUCGGUUCAAAACCCUCAAUCCCACAAGCUCAAACUCUCUCUUCUUUGGCACAAAAAUUACCCUCCGGGCUUUCUCACUAAGGUGUUUGCAGAGAUUAUAGCGACGUAUCUGUUGGUGUUUGUGACAAGUGGCUCGGCUGCUCUGAGUGCAAGUGAUGAACGGAGAGUUUCCAAACUGGGAGCCUCGUUGGCCGGUGGACUUAUCGUGACUGUGAUGAUAUAUGCGGUUGGUCACAUCUCUGGUGCCCACAUGAACCCGGCUGUGACUCUAGCUUUUGCAGCCGUCAGGCAUUUUCCCUGGAAACAAGUACGUACAAUUCACUGGCUUAGCUUCUGAUAUUU